AUGACCGCGCUUCGCACGCUGCCACCAAAACUCGAUCUCGUCGGAUUUUUGUCUUUUCGCGCCCGCUGCAAUUCAGCUUUUGCUCGCUCUUCAAUACGGCGGCAACACUUCUCAGGUGAUCGGGUUGUUUUGCGGCGCUGGUGCUACAUUCAUCACUUUCCUCUUUUGGGAGCACCGCAAGGGCGAUGCUGCGAUGAUCUCGUUUUCAAUGGUCAAGAAGAGGACUAUAUGGUCGAGCUGUUUAGCAUAUGGGUUCCUUUUGGGGCAGCUAGUCUGUGUUUCGUAUUAUCUGCCAAUUUAUUUCCAGGGUGUCAAGGGCGUAUCUCCAACUUUAAGUGUCGGCAAAAUAGGCUACUAUCUCCGAUCGGUUCGGCCCUCGUGUCGAUUGCUAAUGGCCUUUUAUCCACGUUUUUCCCUGGAACAUCGACCGGAGAAUGGAUUGGUUACCAGAUCAUCGCCGGUGUUGGUCGCGGUCUUGCUCUACAAAUCCCGAUUAUUGCCGUUCAAAACACCCUAGCUUUUCCGCUCAUCCCCAACGCAAUGGCGUUGCUCAUGUUCAGUCAAUCCUUCGUCGGCGCCAUUUUCCUCAGUUUCUCUGACACCAUUUUCACCAACAGCCUUCAUGAACUCAUUCCCAAGUACGCGCCCUCGGUCAACCCACAAGCCAUUGUCAAUGCCGGCGCCACAGGCUUUCGAGCAAAAGUUAGCGCAACAGAACUGGUUGGUGUGUUAGCAGCGUACUCAUAG